AUGGACGUCGAUAUACCCCCAGACACUCCCUCGCAAGUGACCGCUGUGGAAGCCGGAGCCAUGCCAACACGUCAUUCUGCGUCGUCCAAAGUGGUCGUCAGACCCAAUGAUCCGUACGACCUUGAGCAGGUCACGGGCAACUACCAGGGUCAGUCACUGCGUUCAGCUCAGCUUCAUUAUGGGAUGACUGAAUGUGGUUGUGGUUCGUCUCUGCCCUCCUAGGCCGAACCAAGAUCGUGCACCUGCUCUACAUCGCGCAACUGUCGCCCUCGCUCGCCGCGCCCGCUCUGACGCUGGCCCUCCAAGAACUCAAGGCCUCGACCCUCGACGUCCCCACCUACGAACAAGCCUUCCACCAAUACCGCCAAGUCCUCAACUCGAUCGAAAGUGGCGAGUUGAUCGACCCCUUCGCUCGAGCUUGGUACGAAGGAACGAUCAAGAGUGGGGCCCAGGCCGCGCAGGUAAUGGAUCGCGAGUGGUGCGAGAGGAGUAGGAAGGAGGCGAGUAGUGGGUUGGAAAAGUUGCAGGUCGAGUUGAAGGGCUAUUCGACCAAUUUGCUCAAGGAGUCCAUUAGGGUGAGUGUUCAGCUGGGGGGGGGGGGGGGGGUUUCCUCAGCGAUGCCCAUGCUCUGGACUUGACCCGCUCACCCGACCCAUCGUCCUCGCAUCACUUUUUCAUGCAGAUGGGCCAUCGUGACCUAGCUCGUUUUCAAUACAAAGUCGGUGACCUCACCGCGGCCGAACACUCUUACCUCCGUUCGCGCGAAUUCUGCCUCACCUCGCAACACCUCCUCGACAUGUCCGUCGCCGUGAUCGAGAUCGCCCUCCUUCUCCGCAACUACUCCCACGUUCGUCAAUGGUCAGGUAAAGCCGAAGGCGCAUUAGAAUCCAUCCAUUCCAGCGCCAACGCCCAAAACGCCAAACAAAAACCUCAAGUCAACCUCCCGGGCAUGGUCGCGCCCGCACAGGAUCCGGCUCAGAUCGCGAGGGAGAAGGAGAGGACCGCGAUGCAGGAGAGGUUGAACGUCGCGAAUGGCGUCGCGUAUUUGGGGCAUGGCACGUAUGAUCGAGCGGCGUUCUUGUUGAGUGGGGGUGGGAAGGAGGCUAUGCAUUCUGCGGCGGGGCAUGUGAGUCGUGAUUAAGAAGCAACCUUUUCUGUCUGGAGGGCACAAAGACUGAUCUUGGCAUUCCUUUUCCUCAUAGUUCAUCCCUGCAGCUGACAUUGCAGUCUACGCGACCCUGACGGGUUUGGCCACAUUUAACCGCAACCAAUUGCGCACGAGACUGCUCGAAAAUGAUGACCUGCGUCCGAUGCUCGAACUCGAACCUUAUCUGCGGGACAUCAUCCAGGCGUUCCAUUCGAGCAACUUCAAAGAUGGGUUGGAGGGGUUGGAAAAGUACAGCGUGAGUGGUGGGUCGGUGUGCUACUGACUUCAGUGAGGUGGUGGGUAGCUGAGUCAGGUUCCGGACCACCUCCCCCAGACGCGCCAAAGGCUCGACCCUCAUCUCGCUCCCCAUCUCCCGAACCUGAUGCACCAAAUCCGUUCCCACGCGCUGCUCAUCUACUUCACCCCCUUCGCGAGCGUUUCCCUCCCCCGCUUCGCCGCCGCCUUUGGAUGGUCCGAAACGACGCUCCUCGAAUCCGUUGUCGAACUGAUCGGACAAGGGCACAUGAAGGCUCGUAUCGAUAGUCAGAACAAGGUUCUUGUGGCAAAACAUACGGACGCGAGGGUCGAGGCGUUCAAGCAUGCGUUGAAAGAGGGGGAAAAGAUGCAGAGGUGUCAGCAGGCGGCGGAGUUGAGGUGCGUUCUUGGUUUCGUAGGUUUAGGGUAUGGGGUACAUUCGCGUGGUCUGAUGAGAAUGUUCCACAGGGUCAAGCUCAUCCAAUCCAAUAUCGUCGUCAAGGCUUCGAGGGGUCACACGCACCAGGCUUCGCAUUCGCAAGGGCAAAUCGAAGUGGCACCUUGA